AUGUCCAUCCGUGCUGGACGGACGCGCGUGAUGGCUACAUUGCGAGUGUUCCUGACAGUGGCCCCGAUCGUGGUGAUCCUUGCGAUCACGCCGACUGCAACCGGCCACCAGUGUUACUGUGGUGUGCGGCAGGCCCAGAACGAAUCAAUCUACCCGGACGUACCGAUCGAACCGGGUGAGUGGCCCUGGCAUACGCUCAUCUAUUUUUGGGCCGGUUCACGGCUUGAUCCACCGGCAAAAAUCUGCGAAGGUGCGCUCAUCGAUGAGCGGUUCGUGUUGGCUGCAGCUCACUGUCUGACGGUGCGAGGUUCCGGCGAUCUUCUGCCCUCGGAUCAGCUCGUAGUGCACGUUGGUGCUGUGUCGGUGCAACAGGAUCACGAGCGAUCACGCCGCUUUCAGGUGCGCAAUGUCACGGUCGAAGAUGAGUCGGAUCUAGCGUUGAUCGAGCUGGUUCUACCACGUGCACCGGAACCGAUCCGGAUUAUGCCAGAUUCGGGCUCGGCCAGUGAUGAAACGAGUGGUGAUGGACCGGCUAUGGAUGUAGAUCCGAGUCCGGUCUCGGUUGGAGGUUGGAAACCGACGCCUGUUUGUCUUGUGGAUGCGCUUGAUUUAACAACGCUUUAUGGUACGGAGAUGUACAUCCUGAAUCAGAGUCAACGCAACCGGCUCGGUGGGUACGAACCGGUGCGAUUGUUGCUGAGUGAGUAUCUCCUUUGUUCCGGAUCGACACUUGCCAUGAAGCUGCGAUCUAUCAAUGGUACAACCGUGUCCUUUACCAUCAACGAUCUCAACCUUCCGAGUCACGACCGGGGUACGGCACUCUACUUCCGGCAUCAGGGCACGUGGGCCUUGCUUGGGUUCACUGUGUCCCGAGCCAAUCGCCAGUGGACGCCCGGAUCCGUCUGCCUACCAAACGACAUCAUUACGUUCGAUUGUCUUUAUCCCGCGCUCGACUGGGUGAUGGAAAACUUCGCCGACACCAACAGCUAGGGAGCGUUACCGGACGUGGUUGAGGAAAACCCGAGCAGCGGAAAGGCACCUCCUAUUGUAUGUGUGUCCGGGUGUGUAUGUGUAUGUGUGUGUGAGUGCGUGUGCUUGUUGCUCUCCUUUUUGGAGCUCCCCCUUUUCCGUCACAGGCCGUGCAAUUUUUCUGUACGGCUCACCCGGGUGAGACAAUAAAUAGCCAUUGUGUCCGUGUACCGGCCGGAGGGA